UAGUAUCAGCUGUUUCUUCAAUGCUGCAGUCUGUAGUGAUUUUUUACCAUGGUAGCUUGUAAUAUGGGAUUACCAGAUAAUCCAGAAAUGGAGCCUCACUUAAUUUCCAAUAACGAAUUAACGAUGCCAGUGGAUUCAGAUAAUGAAGAAGAAGUGAACAGCUAUGAAGGAUAUGAAAGACUACCCAUGGAACAAACCAAUGUUGAAAGUAGUGAUGAUGAAGAUGAAGACAAUGAUGAAGAUGGAUCAAACACUGAAUCUAAUUGUAAUCUUCCUUCAAUUACUCCAGUUGAAAACAAUUUAGUGAAAGAAGUUUGGGAUGGGCCCUCUGUUACAGAGAUAGAAUUGGACAAGGAAAAAGUCGAUCAAGUUAAAGCUGCACUUGAGAAUUUUACAUUACCUGCUUCAAGUAUUCCAGAUUGGGCAAAUAAAAUACCAGAAGACCAAUGGAAGAAUGAGAUAUUAAACAGAUUAAGGAAAAAUUAGAACUUUAUUAUAUUACAAACAUUAUAUUUUUUGUCUUAGGCUUUUAUAUAUUAAUGAGAAUACUUUUUAAGUUAUAGGACCAUAUUAGUAAAAUGCUCUAUUGUAUUUUGUAUGCUUAAAAUAAAGGAUAUU